GUUACAACGGUGCUAACUUUCGCCCAAAUGCUACCUUUCUAGCGCAGAUGAUGGGACCUUCAAGCAGUUCCUGGAAAAUUUCUCGCACCACAGCAUCCACCAUAAUCAAUCUAAGCAUUGAGUUUGAAGCUGCCAAGGUCCUUAAGCAGUGGGACAAAACCAUCCACCAGAGCCGAAUGCGGCCGGCGUUGCCAGACUCUGGCCGUAUAUGAACCUUGACUAUGGCCCUUUGAUAUUCCAACAUGUGGCAAAGUUACUUCCUCUCCAGAAAUCUCGCCUUUACUUAGUCCCGUUUCACAGCAAGUAUCCAUAUCAGCGACCGAUUUAUUGUCGACCAAUCCACUCUUUGCUACCAUGGUGUCCAAAGGAUUGUUCGCCCUCACAGCUCUUGCUAGUGUCACCCUAGCCCAGACCUCGCCAGAUCUGGCCACAGUUCUCAAUACUACAGAUGGAGCUUCCGCUAUUGGUCAGGUUGUCUCUCAAGCUCUAGGAUUCCUAGAAGCCAUCUCUGGGAAGACGAACCUCACCUUCCUUGCCCCAAAUGACACAGCCAUUGCCCUAUGGCUGAACUCUACCCAGGGACAAGCAGCCUCGGCAGCCGGUGAUGAUUAUCUCACUAACCUUCUACUCUACCACACGAUAAACGGAGGAUACGAUAACAUAUCGGACUACUUCGUCGCCCAUACUAUGUUGACUUCCAACACUCUCACAAAUGUAUCGGGUGGCCAAUUCGUUGCGGGUUACUACGACGAUGACGACAACUUGAUAACCUUCCUUAGUGGAGACUACAAUGACUCCAACACUGGUGUGACACCCCUCUCCUUUGCCCAGGGAUGGAUCUAUGUUAUCGACAGUGUAUUGUCAGUCCCGGAAAGCUUUAGCGAGGUUGCGGUUGCAAACGACUUUAACGGCACUUCGUUUAUUGCGGCUCUCGAUAGUGCUGGACUGACGGAACAGUUCAACUCACUUCAUGACGCCACUUACUUUGUUCCUUACGAUUCGGGGUGGGCACUUGUGGAGGAUGCCCUUUCGCAAUUGAGUAAGGACAACCUGACAGAGGUGCUCAAAUAUCAUGCUUGCGACCAAAUUUUCCUUUUCGAUGACUGGGUCAAUGGCUCCCAAGUAACCACGUUGACGGGUCAGACCGUCACCUUCACUCAAACACCUGACGAGGAGUGGUUCAUCAACAAUGCCGGUGUCAGUUCCGUCAACCUCUUCACUUCCGGUGGAGUUAUCGUACUUAUUGACAGUGUGAUGAACCCCUAUACAGGGUUUGCACCACCGCUCAAUGGCACCGAUGGAGAUGGUGUUCCUGCAUGGCCAGUCACAAAUGCCACCAGCACGGGAGCCGGUGAUUCGAACACUGCAACAGCUACUGAGAGCGCUACCACUGCUACCUAUACCGGUGCUGCUGUGCCACUGAAGGCAGGCGCCGCUGGCUUGGCUAUUUUCAUGGGUUAUGCUGCAUUUGCUCUCCUUUACUAAACUCCUCGCACUGAAAAGCUGUCCCUACGGCAAUAGAGCAAUAUGAGCCUCUAACUUGAAAAGGAUGACCGAGAUUAAGAGCGGUAACAAGCUAAACUUGAUCAUAAUGAAAGGCUCAACUCUCUUCCGGAGUCGACAAUGCUUCCGCAAAAUCCCAUGGUUAUUCUAGAGAUAUAUUAAAGUUACUGGCACAGCCACUGAAUCCAAUAAAUGAUACUUAACUCUUAAAAA